AUGGCACUGAUUCCGAGCUUCUUGGGCAACCAGCGCAGCAGCAUCUUCGAUCCCUUCUCUCUGGAUGUUUGGGAUCCAUUUAAGGACUUUUCUUCACUCUCCACUCGUUUCCCUCAAGAAACCUCUGCUAUUGUCAACACCCGGAUAGACUGGAGGGAAACCCCGGAGGCUCACGUGUUCAAGGCCGAUCUUCCUGGGCUCAAGAAAGAAGAAGUGAAGGUGGAGAUCGAAGAUGAGAGGAUGCUUCAGAUUAGCGGAGAGAGGAAUAUAGAGAAGGAAGACAAGAACGACACAUGGCAUCGUGUGGAACGGAGUAGUGGGAAAUUCUCCAGGAGGUUUAAGCUACCAGAGAAUGUGAAGAUGGAUCAAAUCAAGGCUUCUAUGGAGAAUGGAGUUUUGACCGUUACUGUUCCUAAAGUUGAGGUUAAGAAACCUGACGUCAAGGCUAUUCAAAUCUCUGGUUAAAACACUGAAUGUUCUGUUUAGAACAAUGCUAUGGAUAUGGAUUGUCUAUAUAAAAUUAAUGUGAAUGCAAGGGAGUUUUGCUAAGAAUUAAUAAUGUAACUCGUCGUAAUGAUAUG